AUGUCGAUGCCAUGUGCAGAGAAAGGUUCCGUGCAAAUCUUUGAGCUCAUUGCCCAAUUCCUGGAGCAAUGUCAUUUCACAACAGCAGCGCACGCCAUUAUCGCUCAAUGCAGUGAACAUGUGCCUCCCUUGGAGGGAGUUCUUCAACGCUUUCGAAGCCACGUGGACAACUGCGCUUUGCUGCUUGCAGAGUUGGAGGCCAUUAAGCCCAAGAGUGAGACUGGUCGAGAGGCUGUUGUUCAUGACCUUUUGGACAACCUCCUGAGAAAGCUUAUGGCUACAGGGCAAUGCUUGUCUGAUGACAAGCUCCUGACAUGCAUCGACACCACUCUGAAAAGUGACGCCUUUCCAAAGCUGGACGUCAUGGAGCGUCAAGUUGCUGGAGAGAAUCCGGACUCACCGGAGCCAUCAGGUUAUGGCUACGGAGAAUCUGCCAAACUGGCCGCUUCGCGGUUUAAGAAGCACAAAGGGACUUCUAUUUCUGGGAGAGCACCUGCAGCACGCCUAUCUCCUGCUGUGUCACAAACAGUUGAUGUAGAUGGCUUGGACAUUGCUUCACCUGAGAUGAGGUUACACCCAUCUCAAGAAUCCGUUCAAAGCAAGGAGUUGACGCCAGAGCAUGAAAUAGCCGUGGAUACAACGGUAAACAACGCCUUAGUAGCUCCUGGUCGUAGAUCAAACAGGAAGAGGCCCAAGAUGAAGAUGGUUCCCGCUAUUGAAGCUGAAGUUGUCGAGGAGGAGCCGGAGCAAGUGCCCGAGGCUCCUGAAGCCUGCUUGCUCCGAGAUGCUGAUGUCUUGGAAGCUUGGUCCCGGGGUGAGUUCGCAACUCAGCUCGUGAAAGAUUUGGAUGAAACAGGCUGGCUUAGGACACUGAUCAUCGACGAUGAGUUCCAGAUUGAGCAAGGUGCUGUGAUGGACAACGGACACGUCGAAGGUGACCUGUCCCUCGGGACCAAGGCGCGACGGCUUCGAAGGAGAGUCAAAAGACGGGUGCGACGCAUUCAGGAGGAUCUUCUGGCUAGUGAGAUUGAUGCUGACAUCGAUGCCGAGAGCUUCAUGGAGGAAGCAAUUGCGCAAGGACAGUCUUGGUGGAGUGAAGGUAUGGAGGUGUGGAGAGGGAUGCAGGUCGGUGAUGCGGAUUUCGAAGGUCUGGAAGAUCUGGACUUGGAGGAAACGCAGGAGAUCGAGGAUUCGGAGGAGCUGGAGGAGUUGGAGGAGUUUGGGAAUGAAGAGGUUGAGCCGGUUGAGCUGUUGGAGGAAGGAGAGGAAGAACUUGAGUGUGAAGCGGAUCCACUAGCUCUGUUGGAUCCUCUGGAUCAGUUGGACCAGUCCACAGACCAGGAAGCUGAGGAACUCGAGGGAGUCGAGGAGAGACCAGCCACAGCAUCCCUUGUUCCAGCAGCUCGAAUUUCCAAGGAGGAACCCCGCAAAAGGGCUCGGCUGGUGCCGGAGAAGAGUCAGACUCUUGCGGUUGCUCGAUUGCGGAGCAGGCCUCAGCUCAAGCCCGCCAUUGUAGAGAGCAAGGCUGGUGAGAAAAGGAAAAGUCUUGCUGGAUCCACUGAUCUGACGGAUCCCAUGCAAGCGCGCUACAUGCCUCCCCAUGAGAAGCGGCGAAGAAUCGAACUCGCCAAAUGGAAGGAGAUCAAGGCAGCGUGGCAUCGGAAACUGCUAGAAGAAGAAGCUCAAGGUCCACGGAAGCAGAAGCAGAAAGCAGAACCCAACAUGCGAGCAUUAGCGCGUCGCUUUGAGGCUACACUUGAGAAGCCAGGGUCCUGCUGCUUCAAUCCGCUUCAAAAGGAUGAGAGAAUAGUCAUCUCGGCAGAUGGACUGCGUGCCCAGUGCGAAGCCACCACCCCCAAUGUGACCACAUCCAGUGGCAUCAAGGGCUUGCCGCUGGUGGCCGGUGGCAAAUACCAAUACGAGGUGGAGCUUCGUCGAGGUUGUGAUUUGACGAUUGGCUGGAGCCCAGCCUUGGUACUACCAUCGGCGCUUGCCAGUAGUGGUCGCAGUGCUGCGCGACGAAUGCUUGGAUACUCAUCUGACGGAGAGCUGAUUGGAGAAGGUUGCUUGAUAGGCGUUCCUCCCUUUGGCCGUCAGGGAGAUGUUGUUAGUGCCCUUCUUGAUUGGCAAGCCGGCUCAUGCGGUCCUAGGUUGUCCUUCAUGCUGAAUGGGCGCAACUUGGGCAUGGCAUUUGACCUUCGUGCAGAAGGCAUUGAAAUACCGCCACUGCAGCCGCACGUCUGUCAGGGGCAAGGAAGGCCAUUCAGCAUCCUGCUGCGUGGUGCGACGCCGCAGGUCCCGCUCCGUUUUCCUAUGCCUGGCUACCGUCCGCUUGGCAAUAUCGCAGAGGAGCAUUUCUCACCCUUUAGCAAGGCUGUUGAACUUGCAACCUCCUCCGCAGAAAAUGGCGCUUUGCGUCAGCAGAAGCCGCCACCAGCAGCGGCUCGGAGACUGAUCCACAGCAGCCUUGGUCUCGCUUUGCCCCUGCCACACGUGGCGCAGGAGAAGAGUCUUGGCAAGAAGCUGAGACCACAGCCCGACUCCCAAGAACUCAGAGAUGGAUAG